AUGGAGGUUGGUCUGCGAGUAGUUCGUGGUCCAGAUUGGAUGUGGGGAGACCAAGAUGGAGGCGAAGGCAAUGUCGGAACAGUCGUCCAUCUUGGAGGGAAUAAUAGCGUGCCCGAUGAAACUGUUUUGGUUUACUGGGAUUCUGGAAAGCAGGCGAAUUAUAGGGCAGGAUAUUCUGGAAAGUAUGAUCUUCGAGUCUUUGACACUGCUCAAACAGGUGUGAAGCACAACAGUGUUACUUGUGAUGGCUGUAGGGAGAACCCUCUCAUUGGAACUCGAUGGAAGUGUGCUGAUUGUUUCAACUAUGAUUUGUGCUCAGCUUGUUUCAUGAAUGAUGUUCAUGAUAAACAACAUGCAUUUCUACGUUUUGACCAACCUGAUGGAAGUGGGAUUCCUGUUGGGAAACGUUCCAACUUCGUUAAAUUGCAAUCCAAAGGCUUUUUUCCUGGAGCAAGAGUGGCACGUGGAAGAGACUGGAAAUGGGGGGACCAAGAUGGUGGCAAUGGACGGGUUGGGACAUUGUCUGAGAUAACAGCCUGGAGUGAAUUGCAGCGGUCUGGGGCGAAAGUCAUCUGGAACUUGCUCCGAAGUAACACAUAUAGAACUGGAUAUCAGGGCUCGGUGGAUCUUAAAUGUGUAAAUCCGGCGAAUGGGCCAUCUUAUUAUCGUGAGUGUUUAGCGAAAGUCGGAGAGAAGCGACAGCUAGCCCAAGCAGAUGCCAAUCGAUUGCGGGUCGGAGACCGCGUGUCUGUGUGUCUUGAUGCAGAAGUACUUAAGGCUAUGGCACAAGGGCAUGGUGGGUGGAUCGAUGAUAUGGCACAGUGUAUAGGAAAAGUCGGGAAGAUCAAGAAAAUAGACGCUGAUGGUGAUGUACACAUAAGCUAUGGACUCAAAACGUGGGUUUUCCAUCCUGACGCCGUGACAAAGUUGCCAAGUUUUCAGGCGGGAGACAAAGUGAGAGUGUUAAGCGACAAGCAACGUGUUCAGAAUUUACAGCAAGGACAUGGCGGCUGGAAUGAGUCAAUGACAGCGGCAUUAGGAAAACAGGGAAAAAUCCUGGAAGUGGAUGGCGAUGGUGAUGUUGUUGUUGUGGUGGGAACGGACCUUUGGCUUUUUAACCCGGCAGCGCUGGAGGACAUGUCUGGUGGCGAGGCAACAGCUCGACAUGGCGAAACCUCACCGACUUCCCCAACUGAACCGUUAGACGACCUUCUUAAAAUGUUGCUAUUGGGAGCUGCUAUAAGAGGCGGCGGAGGUGAUCCCGGCGACAGAUUAGUGAACGCGUCAUCAAAUGGUAACCUGCAGGACGUCCGCGAGAUCCUGGAGGCGAAUCCUGACAAGAUUAAUCAUAAACGAGGAGGGAAGACAGCACUUCAUGUAGCCUGUCACCAAGGUCGCACGGAAAUUGCCAAGUUCCUGAUAAGCAAGGGUGCCAAUAAAGACAUUAAGGAUGAGCAGGACUAUUCCGCAUUACACCAUGCAGCUUACGGUGACAGAAGCGGAGAGACUGUUACAGUCAUGUUGAACACGGGCACUAACGUCAAUGUCUGCGACAACAAGAACAAAAGCACGCCGCUACACUUGGCUGUCAAUCAAGGCAACGAUGCUGGUGUCAAGGCGUUAUUGGCGUCACGUCACUGUGAUGUCAAUUGUCAGGAUCUCGCUGGAGACACCCCUUUGCAUGACGCAAUCUCAAAAGACAAAAACAGCAUUGUGGACCUCAUUGUCGGUUCUCAAAACCUUGAUGUGACUGUCUGCAACGGCAGAGGAUUCAACCCACUCCAUCAGGCUUCUAUGAAAGGAAACAAACAUGCCGUAGAGAAAAUCGCUGGUAAAUUUCCUGGUCUUAUUGAGAUUGCCAAGGAAGAUGGUUUCACCCCUCUUCACCUGGCUGCAUUCAACAACCACACGGAAAUAGCGAAAUCUCUUCUCUUAUCGGGACAUUGUGACAUCAACCUACGGAACAACAAGCGUCAAACCCCCCUGGCUCUUGCAGUAUCGGAAGCGUACACUGGGAUGAUCGAGUUGUUAAUUGAACAUGGUGCUAAUGUGAAUGCUGAUGACGAGGACGGUGACACUCCACUUCACCUGGCUGUCAUUCAUCAUGCCGUGGGUAGCACGGGCUUAAGAGGGCUACUUCAAGGCUUAGGACUCAAUGUCCCAGCGGGUGACAGAGAUCAGCACACGGGGUCUGCCAUAGCUGUCUAUUUAGCCCUUCACGGAGCGGACAUCAACUUUUACAAUCAUGAGGGAAAGACUCCAUUGGACCUGUGUACAGACGCCCAGACUGCUAACUUAAUAAAACAAUUUGCGAGGAGCGUUCCAAGCAGACAGACCGCUCCUGAACGUCAAUCGACUUUUACCCAACCUCGACCCCAGCCUGUGCUGGCAAAAUCAGUUCCUCGACCGCCUGUGGCCGCGAGGAGGCCUGUGCCUGUGCCUAGAUCAUUGGCGGCGACAUCAGGGGCAGCCACAUCAGGGGCGGCCACAUCAGGGGCGGCCGCAGCAGGACGGUCUAGAAGUGCUGCACCCAUUCAGAAAAAGACUCAAGAUGCCGUGAAUCGAGCUGAUGCUGCAGGCGUUGACUGCAUUAUAUGUUGUGAGAAUAUUGCGACUGUUACUUUUCAGCCGUGCGGUCACAAAAUAACUUGUACAGGGUGCUCUCUCAAAGCGAAGCGUUGUCUUUCAUGUAAUAAAGGCAUUCAACAGAAAAUCGCAGCAGAGGGAGCCCCGAUCAAUGCUCCAACCUUGAUGGACGCGACAGAUUACAACGAGCGAGUGCGUUCACUGGAAGAACGUUUACGAGUCAUGGAAGAAGACAGGCAGUGCCAGAUAUGUAUGGAGCGAGACAAAAAUAUGGUAUUUUUAUGCGGCCAUGGCGCGUGCAGGGAAUGCUCUGAAAGACUGCAAAUUUGUCAUGUUUGCAGGGAAGCCAUUCAGAAUAAAAUUCAAAUGUUUGGUUUGUAGAUUAGUGAAGUUUUUUUUUUUUUGUUUUUUUUUACAAGGAUAUUAUCUUUAACACAUGAUAUGAAAUUCCGUUUUUCAUGUCGUACUGGGAACUUCCAGUUUAGAUUCUGCUAGAUAAUGAAGUGUGUUAAGGCAGAACGCUAGAAUAGCGUAAUGGCUGGUUAACAGCGUAGGUUGGUAUAAUUGCAAGGUAGCUCAUGGACACGUUCACACUAGCGACGAAGACACAAGUAUAAAUUGUAUUACGUUUGUGUUAGACUAGCGAGCCUAACAAAGACCCGCCAAGAUAGCUUAAAACCAAGUUUACACUUAUAACUACUAGCUUGAGUGUAAGUGUAACCACAGGAACUUAAAAACCCAAGCGAAAUUAGGGUACGGUAUUUAAGAAAAUUUGAACCUGGUUUUUGCGCUGGCGUUUGGGAAUGAUUAAUUAGCGUUUAUCUGUUAUAAAACUUAGCUUCAUGUAGGAAAAGAUCCCCGCUUUUAAUGCACUGCACCUUGGUUGGCUUAUUUUGAAAAUUUUAAACUGAAGUUUUCAAAGUCCUCGUCCAAAAGUCAUUACAUGAUCACCCUUGUUUUGUUGCAUUUGCUAGCCUUUUGUUUUGGGGUUAUUGCUCUGUUUGCUCAACGAGAUGUUUGAAAAAAAAAUCACCAACGGGAAUGUCGUCAUUUGCUGAAAGAUUGAUGGCUUCAUUGGAACAGACGAUAGAGCGUAAUGUGUUAAGUAAAGAAUAGAAGAGGCUUGUAGAUUGCGCAAUGCGAAUUACUCGUGUACUUAGUAUAGGAGACAUGAGUUAGAUAAAGAGCUGAUGGUUCAGCUCUAAAAGUACUCCAAUAAACAAGAAUUGAAACUA